AUGAGCUCUAGUCCAAAGAAGAGGUCGAGAUCCGUCUCCCGCUUGCAUCGCAUUUCUGCAUAUCUUCCAAACAUUUUUGUAGAGACAGACUCUAAAUCUACUAAAGAAAAGGUUCCACCCAUACCUCAAAAUGCCAACAUUCCUAUUCGACAACCACCAUCUCCCGAACCAUCCGCAGAUAUUCCACCUGUUCCUGCGCUUCCUGCAAUGCCCGCCAGUGCUCCGCCAGCACCAUCGACUCAGCAGACACCCAAUAAAUUACAAAAGGAACAACCUCAUAAUAAUUCAUGGCCACUCAAUCCCUCUCCAUCGCCAGAUGUAACAGAACCGCCUGUUAACCAACUCACGGAACGAAGAGGCAGACACGGUUCCACUUCGAAUGUCAAUUCCCUUGCACCUCCAUCUCCAUUUUCCGCGGUCAGUGGUAAUGGAAAUAGAUCAGUAUCGUCUCCGAUAUCCAGUCGACCAACUUCAUACACUUCAGAUGGCGAAAAUAAUGCGAAAGCAUCAAGACGAAGGAGUUUUUUCCCAGUAAAAACAAAGUCGAGACAUUCAUCAUCAAACUCCGGCUCAGAUGGUAGAUCAUCUGCCUGGGUGAUUGCAGGGGAUCAAAAGAUUGAUUACAACAUUUCGCUUGUGACCAAUGGCGAGAAGGUACCAGAAUUGUGGGAAGAAUAUUGUGAUACGUCUGUACAUGUUUUUCCAGAAUCUUUUAGCCAUGGCCCAUCGUUCAAAGUUCCCUCUUUGGUCCUAUCGUCAUCUAUACCCCUUCACGAAAUGAUAACCAGCAGUAUCACUAAGCGGAGGUCAACAAGUUUGGAUUCGGCCGGUAGGCAAAGUCCUGAUGCUUCAACACAAACCGGUACACCCCCAGAAACCCCUGUUGAUGGACCAUCUGGAUCGGAAGCGUCAUCGGAUUAUAUGAACCCAUACCCUGAAAAUAAUGGGGAAAUUCAUCUUUACUUUCCGACAGAAUUAUCUACUGAUGAUCCUACUAAAUUCUCUCCUGACGAUAUACAAAAUCUCAUCAAUGUUCGAAAUUUCUUUGCGUUCAUGACAGGUCAGCCACUUGUUGCCACCAAAAGUUGUCCUACUACAUUUUAUAUAUUCUUGGCCAUAUCGUCAAUGUUACAGAAGUUCGAAUUUAGCAAUUAUGAUGGAUCAACUUAUGGAGAGGCAGCAGCAGCUAGCUUUGCCUUUUUCCUCGAUGAAUUUCGUUUAGCCGAUGUUAGACAAAGUCGAGAGAAGACCAUUGAGGCACUUAUAUUAGGAGAGCGCAUGAGAUCCACAGAAUUAUAUCACGAGGCAUUUGUGCACGCAGCUGGAAAAUGGCAUUCGAUCAAAGAUCUCAAAUCGAGUCUUUUCAAAGAAAUUUCAAAUAACACUCGGGAUCGAUUGGAACGAGCCUCUUUGGAGCUUUCUCAAAGACAGCAACGUGCUGAGGAGCGAUUGGCUGAUUUUGAGUACCCUGCUCUAUUUUCUGGUGCAGCUUCAUCAAAGACUAGCGCAGAAUCUAAAAUUGCUCGAUUCCAAAAUUGGAAGACAAACUACCUGAAUAUGAGGAGACAUGUACUAUCGUACUACAAGAUAGUUCAUGGUCAAUGGCCGCCAAAGCAAAAGACCAAGAAUCAAUUUGUGGAAGGUGGCUUGAAUCGAAAAGUACUAAAACAGCUUUAUUCUGAUAUGUGCAACCUUUACGACUUUAUGGCUGACCGAGAUACUAUCACCACUCGAUCUAUGGACUCAGAAGAUCAAGAUGUUGCUCAUGCUCAUCCAAUUCAUUUGGCAGCAAGAAAAAUCUUGGCUGAAUUCGAUAGAUCUUCUCCUCCAGUUUUACCACCCAUUCCAUUCGACAUACCUAAAAUUCCAACUAUGGCAUCUAUUGAACCUGGUUACCCUCUGCUAUCACCUAAGGAUCAACAUAAGGCAUCAACUAGGAAACUCAAGGAAUACGAGCUACUUCUUAUCUUAGCUAAGAGUCAUAACCUGGAUGCUGAUAAGAAAACUCCUUUUAUGGAGAUGCACAAGUCAUUUGAGGAGAAAGAAUCCAAGGGCAAGAAUGUUCAAGAAUUGGCCGAUCAAAGAUAUGGACAUUGGUUGUUCCUCUACGCAGUUAUUCAAUCACUUCCUAUGCUUGUUGUAGAUGUGGACAACUUACGAUACACGGAAGGAGUAGAUUACUUCUUGUGCCAGCCACCUCUGGGUAAUUUACCUUGGCUGGAAGAUGCGUCGGGAGUGAAAAUGGCAUGGUACGGGGUUCAAGGAGGCCAAGGAGUGGUUAGUUUGCCUAGCGACGUGGUCAAUUAUGGUACAGAAGGUGUCUACCGCAGAUCGCAUUGUUGGACAGUUGCUCAGAAAUGGAUCAACAAUGCUGAAGCGCAUGAGAUCUCACAACCUUUCUCGCCAGAUGAUCAAGAAGAAGGAGUAAUGUCACCACUUGCGCCACCUCCUGGAUUUGGUGGAAGCUUUAGUCGGCCAGAUAGUCGAGGUCGCGAAAAUUCUUCUCGAAGAUCAAGUGUUGCAAGUAAUGGUAUGCUUGGAGUUGAUAAUCGUAGCAACAGUCGACAAUCUCAACGAAACAGUGUGAUGUUGGGUUUGGAAAUGUUACCAAUUCCUGGUAAUAUGGAACCUGGUUUCAGAUCAGACUCGCCAGGUGGACGCGAAUCACCCGUGAGUGCUAUGGGAAGAAGAGGUGCAUCGCCUUAUAGCCGCAACAGUGUGAUUAGUCGCAAUAGCGUUGUUAGUCUUCAUGGGGAUGGUCGACCUGUAUCUUCAGCUGGAAGAAAAGAAUCAACUUUCGAUGAUAUUCUUGGUACUUCUGGUUUGGGACAGAAAGAAAAGGGAAAGAAGAAGUGA